AAAAGAGAAGUACCAGACUACCUCUGCGGCAAGAUCAGUUUUGAGAUUCUGAGAGAGCCGGUGGUGACCCCAAGUGGCAUCACAUAUGACCGCAGGGACAUUGAGGAACACUUGCAGCGAGUGGGCCAUUUCGACCCCAUCACCCGGACAGACCUGACAGUGGACCAGCUGAUCCCUAACCUGGCCAUGAAGGAAGUGGUGGACUCAUUCCUGGCUGAGAAUGAGUGGGCUCUCGACUACUAGCCCGGGGUCUUCAUUGUUGUUGUAUUUUUUAAUUUUAAGUGUUUAGAAAUGUUCAUUUUUUUUAGCUGCAUUCAUAAUGGCAUUGCAUAUUUGUUGUUAAGAUGAGGAUUUGUGGUUAGAUUGGUAAGUCUACAUUGCACACAGAACCUCAAGACUUGUCCAUUGAAUAACAUUUUGCCUUCUCAUCUUGUCAUCUGGGUGAAGAGCCUCCCAAACUGCAGUAAAUACUGAGGCUGGUGGAGAUGUUUCCAAGUUCAUAGUGCAAAUCCAUCCUUUUCUACUCAUGAUUAUAAGAUCUUGAAAUGCAUACGUAAUAUGUAUAUGCAUACACACACACAGACAUGUACACACACUCACACGCACUUAUGCACACACACCACACACACACACACACACAUGCACACACACACACACA